AUGAGACAAGGUAUCAGUCACAAACAUAUGUUACGGUGGCCGAUUUCUUGAGAAGGACCAAUUGUUUGGUGCCAAUCCAGGAGAGGAGCAUCUUCUCUUUACACCCUGCUCCUCAUAUUCUCUCCCAGCUUGCACCUGAAGUUUCGCACAUCUUCUCCUGCACUGCACUUCUUGGCUUAUAAACCGGAAGCUCCGGCCCACAGGCAGUCGAUCGCAGGAAUCUCAUUCCCCCACCGGCACCAAGCAAGCUCAUGAGAGCAGUCUGUCAGAGUGGCAAUGGAGGGACCAAGAGCGGUGGCGAUGGUGGCGGUGAUCCUCCUGGUGGCGUGUUGUUCUGCUCAGCUGGCUGUCGCCGGAGGUGAUCAGGGCCAGCCGGCGGCGGGAGGCCCGGAGGCGAGCCUGCUGUGCAUCAGCGAGUGCGGGACGUGCCCCACGGUGUGCACGUCGCCGCCGCCAGCUCCUCCCUCGCCGUCAUCGUCAUCGUCAACACCGUCGCCUCCCUCGCCGUCAUCGUCAUCGUCAACACCGUCGCCUCCCUCGCCGUCGACGUCGAUCCUCCCGCUGUCCACGCCCCCGCCGCCGUAUCUGACUCUGCUGCUCCCGCCGCCCCCAUCGUCAUCGUCGACGGAGCCGCCCCCGUCCACGCCGUCGCCGACUCCACCGAAGAGCAGCGGCGGGUCGUCAUCGUCUUCCUCUCCCUCGGCUCCGUCCUCGCACUUCUCGUCGCCGCCGUCCCCGCCGUCGUCCUCGGCGAACCCGUACUACUACUUCUACCUCUCGGGGGGCAGCAGGAGCCGCGGCGCGUCGAGCGUCUACACCGUCGUCAUCGUCGCGCUGCUCCUGCCCGCCGUCACCUUUUGGAGGUGAGGUGUUGGGCUCCGUCGCGUCGCCGUGCACAUUCCGGUGAACUCUUCGUGUGUUUAUAGUACAGUACUGUCACUUCCUUUCCCUUUCCCUCGUCAGAUUCAGAAGCUACCAGCACUUCCACUGUCUAGUAGUAAUUCCUUUUUUUCUUGUAACUCUGUCUAGUAAUUCGUUCCUGGUGUAAUGGUACUGCUGAUUAUUAACUAUUACAAGUGCAUACAGUACUGUUUAUUUUGGUUGUAAUUAGUCCCUUUAAAGCAUCUACAGCCGGACUUUGGAAAUCCGAUCCCUCAAACGCCCUCGCGUCGGCGGACACUGACCAACUUUCAAUCUCACAAUCGAACAUCUCAAUUAGCAUAUCUCAAAUUUUUACAAACUCAUGC